GCUUUCUUCCUCCUCCUAGUUCACUCCUCUGGCUGAUGUGCAAGGUCUUGCAGAAGCCAGGGACUUGUUUUCUGGGCUUGGCAAAAGUACAUAGGAAGAAGCCAGGGCUUCCCGGCUGGGAGGAGGGAGGAGAGCUGAAGAUCCCCGCCUUUGGCUCAGCUAAGCAAAGUGGGCAGCUCAGUGCUUGAAAGAGGAUUGUGCUCGCACUAGAUAUCAGUAAGUGGGUGACCGUGUGAGUGCCCCUGGGUCAUGGGGUAGACUUGAAAAUGAUGCUUGAUUCUAGGGGAAAGCUGCAAGGCUGCUGUCUCUGUGUGCUUUCUGUGUCGAGUGCAGACUAGAGACUUAAGCACAAGAAUAACUCCAAAUGCCUCCUCUCCUCCCCAUCUUGGAAAAUGGCAACUUCUACUUGAGAGUAGUUAUGGCCGUACUCUCCUUCCCUGAACCCUCAUCCUAGGAAAGUGUGCUACUAAGUCAGACAGAGUUGGGAGUAAGUGGGAAAAGUGAAAUGUAAUAUUAACAGAAAUUGCAAUCUCUAUGUUCUGUAUGUACUGUCAUUGUUAUAUCUUUCAGCAGAAAUUGUCAGCAAAGUCUGAGACAGGGGCUUAAAUGGGGAAAUUAUAGUUUCUAUGACCAAGAGGUGGAGUAGUCCAUAUGUAAGGGAUUAAAUACAAAAUUUUUGUAAUAAAUAAUAGAUGUUUUUUUUUUUUUUUAAAUCAUUAAAGGGGAACAGCAGCCAGGAAGCCUAAAAGUGCAUGAUAAAAAUUAGGAAAAGAAAAUUUCACAUCCAUGGCUUUUUUGCAGUAGCCAAAAUUGCAGGAUGUUUACAAAGUCAGGGCAGUGAUGCAAGAAUACUUCAAUUAUUGUUGUACAUUAUUAAUACUGUUGCCGGGCAAGAUCUGUGGUUCUCUGGUCAGCAAGUUCUGGCAAUGAAGCCACUGGCGCUGAUGCAAAGAAUUCUGGGAUGUCUGACAGUGAAAUGGAUGGAAGGACUCACAUUCCAUCUCUACUUAAUGCCCUUUUGUCCAGAAAUCGGGUCAUGCAGAUGAACUACUUGAAAAGUAAAGAACAAGGCUAUGGAAAGCUAAGCAGUGAUGAAGACCUCGAAAUAAUUGUUGAUCAGAAGCAGGGCAAAGGCUCUAGGGCUGCAGAUAAGGCUGUUGCCAUGGUGAUGAAGGAGAUACCGAGGGAGGAGUCUGCAGAAGAAAAGCCCCUCCUUACUGUGACAUCACAGCUGGUGAGUGAGCAACAAGAAAGCAGACCUCUCCUGAGCCCUUCCAUCGAUGACUUCCUCUGUGAAACCAAAUCCGAGGCCAUUGCAAAGCCAGUAACGUCCAACACAGCCGUGCUGACCACUGGCUUGGAUCUCCUUGACCUGAGUGAGCCUGUCUCUCAAACACAAACCAAAGCCAAGAAAUCGGAGCCCUCAUCAAAGAGCUCAUCCCUCAAGAAAAAAGUUGAUGGCUCUGAUCUCAUCAGUACAGAUGCUGAGCAGAGGGCCCAGGCUCUCCGGGGCCCAGAGACGUCAUCCUUAGACUUAGUAGACAUUCAAACACAACUGGAAAAAUGGGAUGAUGUCAAGUUCCAUGGUGACAGAACCAGCAAGGGGCAUCUCAUGGCUGAAAGGAAGUCAUGCUCAUCUAGAACUGGAUCCAAAGAGCUUCUGUGGUCCUCAGAACAUAGAUCUCAGCCAGAGCUCAGCACUGGGAAGAGUGCCCUCAACUCCGAGUCGGCUUCCGAGUUGGAACUUGUGGCUCCAGCACAGGCUCGGCUCACCAAAGAGCAUCGCUGGGGGAGCGCUCUGCUCUCCAGGAACCAUUCUUUAGAAGAGGAGUUUGAAAGAGCAAAAGCAGCAGUAGAGUCAGAUACGGAGUUCUGGGAUAAGAUGCAGGCAGAGUGGGAAGAAAUGGCCCGAAGGAACUGGAUAUCCGAGAACCAAGAAGCCCAGAACCAAGUCACCGUGUCAGCCAGUGAAAAGGGUUAUUACUUCCACACUGAAAAUCCCUUCAAGGACUGGCCUGGAGCAUUUGAAGAAGGCUUAAAGAGGCUGAAGGAAGGAGACCUACCUGUCACCAUCCUGUUCAUGGAAGCAGCAAUUCUUCAGGACCCUGGAGACGCUGAGGCAUGGCAGUUUCUUGGUAUAACCCAGGCAGAAAAUGAAAAUGAACAAGCAGCCAUUGUCGCCCUCCAGAGGUGCCUGGAGUUACAGCCCAACAACUUGAAAGCUCUAAUGGCCUUGGCUGUGAGUUAUACCAACACCGGUCAUCAACAGGAUGCCUGUGAAGCUCUGAAGAACUGGAUUAAGCAGAACCCAAAGUACAAAUACCUUGUAAAAAACAAGAAGAGCUCUCCAGGCCUCACUCGGCGGAUGUCUAAGUCCCCAGUUGACAGCUCUGUUCUGGAAGGAGUGAAGGAAUUAUACCUGGAAGCUGCCCACCAAAAUGGUGACAUGAUAGACCCGGACCUGCAAACAGGUCUUGGAGUGCUGUUCCACUUGAGCGGGGAGUUCAACAGAGCAAUUGAUGCAUUUAAUGCUGCCUUAACUGUUCGGCCAGAGGAUUACUCAUUGUGGAACCGUCUUGGGGCAACCCUGGCAAACGGAGACCGUAGUGAGGAAGCUGUGGAGGCCUACACAAGAGCACUGGAGAUCCAGCCAGGCUUCAUCCGCUCCAGAUACAACCUGGGGAUCAGCUGCAUCAACCUGGGUGCCUACAGGGAAGCGGUCAGCAAUUUUCUCACUGCCCUCAGUUUGCAAAGAAAGAGCAGGAACCAACAGCAAGUCCCUCACCCUGCCAUCUCGGGGAACAUCUGGGCUGCCCUCAGAAUUGCGCUGUCACUGAUGGACCAGCCAGAACUCUUCCAGGCAGCCAACCUUGGUGACUUGGAUGUUCUCCUAAGAGCUUUCAACUUGGAUCCUUAAAGGAAAAGGGGGAAAUACAGAAUAAGUCCUCAUCUGUUAUUAUACUAAAAAGGGACAAAACUAUUUUAUUAUGGAUUUCCAAAAAGAUUUUUUUUUUAAGGCUGAAGCAGAGAGUCAAAAGGUCGUGGUCAUAUAACCCAAGGGGAUUGAUUACUAUAGACAAUCCCUAGCCUCUGUUCAGAUCCAAAAGCACAAAGUCAAGGGUGGGUUCAAGAGAAGAACUAAGAUUCUCCGGACAAACCAAGAUAAGGUAACUGUGUAUACUCUUCCAAGUUACAAGUAGACUUUGAGUUAUUGCCUCCCUAGUCACAGCUGGUGGAGUCACACUGGUGGAGUCAAUGCUGGUGGCACAUCUGAGGAGCCUGUUCAUGGGACCUAAAGCAAGACAGUUUGUCUGCCGACAGUGAACUCAGGCUGUCUCAAAGUUGUCUGCCCCUUUUGCGAGACUGAAUACAGUCUGGGCCAUUGACGCAUGCACACAUACAACCCGAGUAAAGGCAGGUAUCGCUUCCCCUCCUCCCUUUCAACUUUUUACUGUAAGCCGUUGUUUCCAGAGAGAGCUUUGCUGGCAACAGCAGUUUUUGCACUAGAUGUUUUUGCUGUUCCCAAUGAAAUCCUGUCUAGGAUUGUAAAUAAGCACUUUAAUAUUUUAUUUAUGCCUUGCUGGGCUUCUGGUUUGUUGCUCCAGUUUCUAACAUUGGGGGGGGGGGUAACUAGAAGAUGUGAGACAGAUUUGUUAGCUCAAUGGACCAAAUAAAAAAACUGAGAAGAGUUUUUCUUAGUGUAGGGUUUUGAGGGUGUGUUGGCAUAGAAUGUAAAUGUGUUAAACCCAGUUUCCUUUGCUUGCUUUCUGGGACUCUGUGGAUCUCAGUAGGAAGCAAGUUCUGCCUCAGCAUUCUCCCUGCAGAAGGAAGCGUGUCGAUUCUGUGAUUUCUAAUGAGUUUGUGUUAACUUGUUUUCAUACCCUGUUUUCCUGCUUUCUAACUGCCCUGCACCAGAUACUCCUUUUAAACUGUUACUAUUUUAAAUGGUAUUUCUUAAGUGUGAUAAAUACAUUUUUCCUAAAGUU